CAAAAACAUCACUGUCUCAGUCAUAUGUUGUUUAUUUAAAAAUAUGGGUAUGCAUACGCUUAAUGCAUAUGAAAUUUGUCGAUUUUUGUUUUUGCAUACUUCCUCCGACAGAUACUGUAGCAAUUGGUAAUACGUUAGGCCUGAAACAUGUAUCUAUACGAUCAUAAUGAUUAGAUAUGUCUGUUUACGAUCGGCAGAUGAUAAUAAUAUCUUUAACAGGUGAGCGUAGAACUCUACAUACAUGCACACAGCAGGAGGUUGGACCACAUACAGUGAAACGAAAGCGAGGAUCGAAAGUCACACCGGGCAGGAACCUCUGCCGAGCCGAUCAACGGGGAGCUCUGAGAAAAUCAGAAAAUAUGAAAAGUGAUAAUCAAGCAAAACCUGCUCUGCUUGUGGAUUAUGGAAUGAUCCAAAUGAAAGUACGGAAAUUGAGGAUGAAUGGGUCGGUUGCGAAAGCUGCAGCGAAACACAUUGGUUCCACAAGAACUGUUGCAAAGACCCGUCUAACCCAUGUGGAAAUGAUUACAAUUCUUGAUUUUGCCAGCGUUUCCUUCAAUUCAUCUGUUUAUUUUUAACUGUCGAAUUUUUGUUCAUAUCUUACUUGUUCCAUAUUGCUUUUUGAUUUCAAUUUUUACUUUUGCCAGUGUUUCAUUCGAUUCAUCCGUUUAUUUUUAAUUGUCUAAUUUUUGUUCAUUCUUUACUUGUUCCAUAUUGCAUUUCAAUUUCAACCUACACCAGUGUUAGGUACUUCCAAUUCUUCCGUUUUUUUUUUUUGUUAAUCCUUUUCUUGCAUUGAAAAUAAACGAUCCUAAAAGAACGAACUAGCAUUUUGCAAUAAAUUAGGAGUAGUUAGUGAAAUAUAUACGAGUUAUAAUAAAGGACACAAGAAUAAAUAGUUAAGCUUCGCGAAGCGGCAAGAGUAACGUCACGUACAAACGUCAGUAUUCAACACGCAAGACAGGUCGUGGCGGCGUAAGGUCUAUUCAGCGACGUUGUCACGCGUCAUUGCUUACGCAGACAUUUCUCUCUCACGACGAGUUGACGCAAAGAGAAAAGUGGCCAUCCGAAGUUAGAUAAUUUUAGAAUAGACGAAUAAAGACAAUAAUUUCAAUGAAAAAAGGCUUUGAUGGAUAUGGAACCGACUUUAUCAAGACGAGAAUAGCCACAAUGUAUUAUAUUCCAAAUUUGGCUUCAGUUGAACAACAUGCGGCGGAGAUAUUGUUCAAAAUAUAGUGAAAUCAUCCGAAGUUAGCCGGUUUUACGGUACUUACUGACGUAUGGUACGG